AACAGUUCCUUUUGUAGUAUUUGAUUUUUUGUUCUUCUGACGAAAAAUUUUCCACAUGAUUUCUCAUCUUUGAAACCAAAACAAACCAAGUUUGAAGCUUUUCUUUUUCAACAUUUAAGCUUGAAAAUGAAGAGAAAAGGGUUAACAUCAACGUAUGAAGACAACCCAGGGGAAGAAGGGGAAGAAAACAUGGAAGCACUUGAUGAUGACGAUGAAGAAGAAAACAGGGAGAAUUUGGACCAAUUUGAAUGUGAUGGGUUUAUAGUGGAUGAUGAAGAGGAGGAAGAAGACGAAAAUGAUCAAGUUUUAAAAAGCAAGAAGACGAAAAAGAAAAAGAGGAAAAUGAGAUCAGUGAAGGAUCCUGUUCUGUAUGAUGAUGAUAGUGAAUUGGUUCAAGAAAACAGAAUUUCAGGCAUUUGUCAAUUUCCAAAAGAAACUGAAAUGUGUAAGCGGCUUAAAAAGGCUGGAAAAUUUACUAAGGUGGUUGAGCAAUCUGGUUCUUCUUCUGAUGAGGGCCUGCUAUUUGAUGAUAUAUUCGGUGAAGAGGAAGCUUCAUUCUGUGGUCAAACCUAUGAGAUGAGUGAUUUUAUUGUGGGUGAGGAAAAAUCUUAUGGAGAGGGAUUAUCUCUAAGGUGGUUGAAGAUGAACAAAAAGAAGAUGGAGCAAGUUGUAACCAUUUGUUCAUCUGCCUUAGACGACAAGGUUCCUAUUACUGAUGAUGCCAAUCAGACCCUAAACCAUCAGAAGCAAGUUCAAGCUUCAAAAAUGAACCUGGAUAAUUCUAGUGAGUUUGAGCCCUUUUUAUUAGCCAACAAGUAUACAACUGAGAGGGAUGAUCUUAUCAGGCAGACUGACAUCCCAGAGAGGAUGCAGAUGAUUGAAGAAAUCGCGGGGCCUCUUCCACUUGAUAAAAGGAGCAUAGAAGAGGAGACUAUUUGGAUACAUAAUCAACUUGUAAUGAAUUCAUAUAUAUUGUUCUGCAAGAAAAGAACUGAAGAAAGAUCUGUAGAGGUAUCUGUUCUACUGAACAAAAUUAAGAAGGAAGAUAUUAUGAGGUUCCUGGAAUUGCAUCAUGUGGAGAAGUUUGAUGUUCCAUUUAUUGCCAUGUAUCGGAAGGAGCAAUGUCUGAGUCUGCUGGAUGAUUUUGAGCAAAAUGAGGUUGAGAAUGAAGAUAAUGAUGAUGUUGGACAAGCAGGGCAAGUGAAGUGGCAUAAGGUACUUUGGAUUAUAAAAGAAUUAGACAAAAUGUGGUUGCUCCUUCAGAAGCAUAAGAGUGUGCUUCAAAUGCACCAAAGGAAAAUUUAUGAUGAGGAAUGUCUGAAGAUUGAUAACAGUGAAAAGUAUACUUUGAAUAAGCAGUUAUUCGAAUCAAUAUCAAAGUCUCUCAAUGAAGCUGAAACGAAGGAAGAGAUUGAUGACGUGGAUGCAAAGUUCUGCUUGCAUUUUCUGUCAGCUGAAGAGAAAAUGGAUGGAAAAUUUAAGAGGCCGAUAAGGAAAUCCCUUUAUAGUAACUGCAUGAUGGCUGGCUUAUGGAAACUAGCCAGCCAGUUUCGGUAUGCCUCUGAGCAGCUCAGUUUGCAGAUUGCUUUAGAGAAAAUGGACAUGGAGUUUCGAGAUUAUCCUGAUGAACCACCUGAGGAGAUAGCAUUAAAUUUUACGUGUGCUAUGUUUGAAACUCCAGAACUAGUGCUUAAAGGUGCUAGGCACAUGGCUGCAUUGGAGUUGAGCUGUGAGCCAUGUAUCAAGAAACACAUCCGCAGCAUAUUUAGAGAAAAAGUUGUAGUUUCAACAAACCCAACUCCUGAAGGAAAUGUGACUAUAGAUUGCUUUCAUCAGCUUUCAAGCAUUAAGUGGCUACGCGACAAACCACUUUCUGAAUUCAAUGAUGCUCAAUGGCUUCUUAUUCAAAAGGCUGAAGAAGAGAAGCUCCUUCAAGUUUCUAUAAAAAUGCCGGAAACUACACUGAAUAAAUUGAUCAUUGGCUUUAGUGAUGUCUACUUAAUCGAAGGAGCUGGAAGAUCUGCUCAGCUUUGGAAAGAACAGUACAAGUUAAUUCUACAUGAUGCUAUCUUCAACUUCAUGCUUCCUGCUAUGGAGAAGGAAGCUCGGAACUUUUUGACUGCCAGAGCAAAACACUGGUUGCUUAUGGAAUGUGGGAAGGAACUAUGGAAGAUGGUUUCUGUUGGUCCUUAUUCAUGCAAUGUAAUUCUUGGGUCAGUGGAAAGUGUUGCACCGAAAGUAAUGGCUUGCUGCUGGGGGCCUGGGAAGCCUGCAACAACAUUUGUGAUGUUAGACUCAUCAGGAGUAUUGUUGGAUACAUUGGAAGCCAGGUCCUUCUCCUUGAGGUCACAAACCGUUGAUGACCAGCAGCGCAAGAAAAAUGAUCGGCAACGUGUCCUUAAGAUCAUGAAAAGUCACCAACCACAUGUCAUUGUUAUUGGUGCAGCAAAUGCAUCUUGUGUUCGACUGAGAGAUGAUGUGAAAGAGAUCAUUUCUAAAUUGGAGGAAAAUCUUAGAGACCUUGGUCAAGCUACAGGUGGGAUUAGUGUUGUUUUUGGUGAUGAAUCCUUGCCUCAGCUUUAUGAACAUUCUGAGAUUUCGUCAGAUCAGCUUCCAGAACAGCCAGGCAUUGUUAAGCGAGCUGUUGCUCUUGGCCGUUACCUCCAAAAUCCAUUGGCUAUGGUUGCCACGCUUUGCGGAGCUAAUAAAGAGAUAGUAUCUUGGAAGCUUAGCUCUUUAGAUAACUUUUUAACACCUGAUGAGAAGUAUGAGAUGAUUGAACAGGUGAUGGUCGAUGUGACAAAUCAGGUAGGUGUUGAUAUAAAUUUUGCGGUGAGACAUGAUUGGUAUUUUCCUUUGCUUCAGUUUGUUUCCGGACUUGGACCACGGAAAGCUUCCAUCUUACAAAGGGAAACUGUUCAAUAUCGAGCAGUUAAUAGUAGAAAGGAGUUGGCUAGUUUUGGACUUAAGACAGAAAAGGUUUUCCAUAAUGCAGCUGGUUUCUUAUGUGUCCGUAGCAGUCGGCUGCCAUGUACUAGCUUUGAUGGUACAAGAAUUCACCCCGAGUCAUAUGAGCUUGCAGAGAGAUUGGCUGAGGCUGUAUGUAAUAAUAUUACAGAGACACCUCUAGAGUAUGUAAAAAAUGAACCACAAGUGUUGAGUACAUUUGGUAUUAGUGAUUUUUCAGAUAAUUAUGAAAAAGAGACCGGUGAAAAUAGAAGAGAGACCUUUUAUCUUAUUAAGAUGGAAUUGCUCCAUGGAUUUCUAGACCCUCGUAAACCUUAUAAAGCACCAUCCCCCGAAGAAGAAUUCAAUAUGAUAUGUGGAAAAAAUGGGACUGCUGUUGCUGAAGGAAGAUUUGUUCAAGCUAUUGUACGCCAUGUUCGACCACAACAAGCUUUUUGUGUGCUUGAUUCAGGCUUGACUGGGAUAAUAAUGAAGGAUGACUUUUUGGAUGAGGAUGAUGAUUGUUCUUUGCAAAACAAGUUGCAUGAGGGGGACCAUGUAUCGUGUAAGAUUAAGCAGAUUGACAAGAGUAAAUGCCAGGCUCUUCUGACUUGCAAAGAAAGUGAAAUGAAGAGGAUCAAAUAUGAAAAUUUUGGUGAAGUUGAUCCUUACUAUCAUGAAGGUGGGAUCAUUCCGUUAAACCAGCAGCACAAAAGCUGUAUUGAGGAGAAGCUCGGAAAAGAGCAUUUCAUGCCACGAACAAUUAGUCAUCCUUGCUUUAGAAACGUGGCAAUGGAUGAAGCAAUGGAGUUUCUAUCAGAUAAGGAUGCCGGUGAAAGUAUAUUUCGUCCAAGUUCAAGAGGCCCAUCUUAUUUGACUCUAACUUUAAAAGUCUUUACUGAACUUUAUGUUAAUAAAGACAUUGCUGAAAGUGGGAAAGAUCACAAGGAUAUCAAAAGCAUGCUCCAUCUUGGGAAAACAUUAAAGAUAGGGGAUAAAACUUUUGUUGAUUUAGAUGAGGUUAUGGAUCGUUAUGUUGCUCCACUGGUGAAGCACUUGAAAGAAAUGCUAGGUUUCCGAAAAUUCAAGAGGGGUUCAAAAGCAGAGGUUGAUGGAAUCUUGACAGCUGAGAAAGCAGAAUACCCUUUGAGGAUAGUUUAUUAUUUCGGAGUUUCUUAUGAGCAUCCAGGAACUUUCAUCCUGUCAUACAUAAGAAGUAAAAACCUACACCAUGAAUAUAUUGGAUUGCUUCCAAAUGGAUUCAGAUUCAGGAAACAAACAUUUGAGAAGAUUGAACAUCUCGUGGGAUAUUUUCAGACGAACAUCAACGCAUUGCAGCACAAGUCACUGGCCCUUGAAAGUCUUCCAAUCAAGAAUUCUCCAGGAGCAUAUACUGGUGAUGGUAGGCAAGGCCAGUUCAAUUAUAGCAAGGUCAGAGAUUUUUCAGGAGGAAGGAACCAUAGAAACAGUGAUGGAGAUGAAGAUGUUGGGAAAAAGCAUCCAAGUGGAAUUCCUAGGCCACGCAAUGCCCCUAGUCGCGUCUCUUCCGAUAUUGCUACAAAAUGCAGUAGUUAUAUUGAUAUUGCCCUCAAUAAUGAAAAUCUGCCUGGUGGAUGGUCCAGCGGCGGAAACUGGGAUAAAAAUGAUGGCAUCAAGAACAGUGAAUGGAGCAAGAAUAGUGAGAGAAAAUGGGGUCAAAGUGGUAAUAAUGCUCCUCAGGAUGAUUCUGGCAGUGACACCAAAAAUGGUGAUAGCGGUGGCAAUGAUGAAGGUUGGCAUGUUAGUGGAAACAACGGUGGUCGAUUUAGGGGUCGUGGUGGGAGACGUGGGCGUGGUCCUGGAGAUGGUGGGCGUCAUAGCAGUAGUUGGGGUGGCAAAAGAGAUGUUCGAAGUAGUGGUGACAGCUUUGAUAGCAAUGGAGCUUGGCAUGCUGGUGGAAAUAAUGCAGGUGAUCGUGGUAGAGGACGUGGACGUGGGUGUAGUAGAAGUCAAAGUUGGGGUGGCAAGGAAGAGAGUGGUAGUGGUGGUAAUGAUGGAGCUUGGAAUUCCAGUAGAAACGAUGCAGGUGGUCGUGGUAGAGGACGUGGACGUGGGUGUAGUAGAAGUCACAGUUGGGGUGGCAAGGAAGAGAGUGGUAGUGGUAGUAAUGAUGGAGCUUGGAAUUCCAGUGGAAACUAUGCAGGUGGAUAUGGCCACAAUGGAGGACGUAGUUAUGGUGGUAGGAACGGCAAUUGGGACGGUGUCAGGAGAGGUCGGAGUGGAAGCGCAAGACGUGGGCGUGGUAAUGAGAGGGAAAGUGAAUUCCGCCCCAAGUCCUUCAACUGGGGUAGCAGCAAUGAGAUUAGGAAGUGGAACCACGAUGCAAAAAUGAACUUCCCUGGUGAUACUAAAGGAAGUUGGGGCCAUGACAAUGUCACUAAUGAUGGAGAUAGGUCUUGUGGUAACGUAUGGAAUAGUAAUGCCAGUAGAGGCGGAAAUAGCUGUUGGGGUCGCCAUGUUCCUGGAAAUCAAGGCCGUUGGAGUUCUGGUGGUGGCAACGGCUGGUAA